GUGCGGUGCGGGGGAAAAGUAGGAAGCAAGAAUCCGAUUCCCUUCUCACCUUCUUUGUAAAUUUUAGAGCAUCGAUGCCAUGGCAAAGUCAGAAAGCACGGAAUCAACCGGCGGGGUGAAGACCUAGAACUAGCCAGAGACCAUGGCCGAUGCCUGAUGGCUCUCCUCGCAGACAGGGGAAGGGAAGGGAGCGGCCGGGGUUGAUCAACUAGGAUCAUGUCCAUGUGCCGGAGAAGAAAGGGCACGGUCAGGUGCCGCGGUUGCAGCCGCCUGCUUGAAGUGCCGCCGCAAGCGAAGUCCAUUCGCUGCGCCGUGUGCCUCGCCGUCACCGGCGUCAAGGACUACCAGGACCCUGUCAGGCAGGCGGUGGGGUUCCUCAGGUCUGUCGUCAGGAACUUCUCCAAUGCGACCGGCGGAUCGAAUUCCUACUCCGACUACUACGGCCACCCGACGGCGGCCCAGAUGCCUUCAAGCUUCCCCGGUGCGCACGGGAAGAAGAGGGCUCUGCUCGUCGGGAUAAGCUACGCCGGCCAGCCGUGCGAGCUGAAAGGGACGGUGAACGACGUCAACUGCGUCAGGUACCUGCUCACCGAGAAGUUCGGCUACCCCGCGGCGUGCAUCGUCGUGCUCACCGAUGAGGAGAGCGACCCGCAGCGGAUCCCGACGAAGGAGAACCUGAGGGCGGCGAUGCGGUGGCUGGUGCAGGGAUGCGAGGCGGGGGACUCGCUGGUGUUCCACUUCUCCGGCCACGGGGUGCAGAAGCUGGACCCGAGCGGCGACGAGGUGGACGGGCUCGACGAGGCGCUCUGCCCGGUGGACUUCAAGUCGAAGGGCACCAUCGUGGACGACGAGGUCAACGAGACGCUCGUUCGCCCGCUGCCCCGCGGCGCCAAGCUGCACGCCCUCGUCGACGCCUGCCACAGCGGCACCAUCCUCGACCUCCCUUACCUCUGCCGCUUCUCCAGAGCAGGAUCUUGGCAAUGGGAGAAUCACACGCCACAAUCAGGUGCAUACAAAGGCACGAGCGGAGGAUUGGCCAUUUUGAUCAGUGGUUGUGACGACCAUCAGACCUCUGCAGAUACCUCAGCUUUAGCGGGCUCAACGUCGACAGGUGCUAUGACUUACAGCUUCAUUCAGGCCAUCGAAAGCGAACAAUGCCCUACCUACGGUCGCUUGUUGAUAAACAUGCGCUCAGUGAUCCGUAGAACCAACGGCACGGCAAUCAGUCUCCAUGGCCCGAUCGCUGCCCUAAUGAGGCGAGUGUUCAAUUCUGGUCUAACACAGGAGCCUCAGCUGUCUUCUUCAGAUAUGUUCGAUGUGUACCGCAAGCCAUUUCUCCUGUAAUCCAAUCUCUAAUGUUAACUAUCUUCGUGAUCAUAAUAAUUAAGAGUUGUUCUACAGCUUUUACUCACAUUAAACCUUGCAGUUCAUGCUUCUCCUUGUAAGGUUUGAAUGAAUGGCAAUGUGAAUCUGGAGUAUAAAUUGAGAUUUACAACUAAA